AUGUACAUGCUGAAGGCCACACUUGGCAGGUACAUCCCCUACAUUCCACCCCACAAAGCGCCUCGACGGAUGGCCAAGUACAAAUACUCGGACUACUCUCCCCAACCUCCGACCGACACCUUCCCGCCAGUCUCGUAUCCUCCUCAAUGGUGUCCGACGGUCGCUCUGGAGAGACUGCCCGGUGUGAUGUCCCUGGUCCGGUUGCCCUAUGAACUUACAUCGUAUGUCGUGCAACAUCUCGACCUCGCCGAUGUCCGCGCCCUGAGCCUCACAUGCAAGAGGUUUCAAUUCCUGCUCUAUGAGCCCAGAAUUGCAAGGGCGCUGCUUGAGGUAUGGAUGACCUAUGCCCCUCUUUUUCCCGCUCGCUGGUCAUGCGGCCCGAACCCCCCAGCGAUGGUGCCUGAGGUGGCCAUCUUACUGGACGGUGGCAGCACGCUGGCCGGCACAAAUGGGAAAGCGGCUGGUUCACUGGAAGCCCGUGCAGCCCAGGCCAGCAAGCGCUAUGCAGCCGAGCUAAGACGCCUUAUAAAACGCCGAGAGGCGGUAUCAUCAGUCUCGCCGUAUCUGGUCGCCAUUGUCGCCGUUGCCGAGUCCUGGAUUUACGAGCAUGGCGUUCUCUGCUAUAUCCACGACCGCCAGCUCCGCAUCUUGGACCUGCACCGGCCCCAGAGCCAGGAGAUGGUAGUCAGCAUCCGCAAACUGCUCGACGAGGCCAUUCCCGAGUCGUGGACCAGCCGGAAGUACAAGUUCCAGCUCUUAUACUUUGCCCACGAUCUGGUCUCCUGCGUCUACACGCACGCCAAGCCCGACCAGGUCAGCUGGCUUGUCGUUUUCAACCCUCGAGACCACCGCCUCGUGACGACUCGCCGUUUAGACUCGGCCUUCAAGAUAUUUGUCCGGAAUGACGACAAAUUUCUUUACUACGGGACUCACUCGGAGCUGGGUCCCGAUGGCUACCGCCGCUGGGUCAUCCGAGCUUUUGACAUCGGGGCUUCUACCUGGCUCGAGCAGAGGCUCGAUCUGCCCGACAUGGUCGGGUCUGACAUUGGCUCCACCGUUUGCUUCGACAUUUUCAACGGAUUUUUCUAUGGCCUGGCAAAUCAGACGGGCUUUGAAGUGGAAGAAGUCGACUGGACAUCAUACUAUACUUGCUUCCGUUUUCCAACCAACGAGUUCGGUUUCCAGUGUGUUGAACACGCCCCUAGGAGACCCAUGUGGCGAAGGAGCCACGUCGAGGGCCCUAUAGAUGAGAGAUGGGGCCUGUUGAGCAUCUUCAGGGACGAGUCCACGAAUCUGUUACGAAUUGUCGAGGCGAGAAAGGAGUGGCCGGCAGGCCACAGUUCGGCGCGGCGCACUUACUACACCACAGACGUCGAAUUCAGCGAUACGGGAGAGAAGAAACAUCGAGACGAAACGGGUUGGAAUCCUCCUUCAGACAGCGAGAUCAGGCAGAUGGCAACCUCGUCUAGAAAAAAGCACCGAACAUACAUGGAUGCGCCUCCCAGAGAUCCCCACAUGGUCCAUUUGGGUGACGACGGCUCGAAAACGCUCGUGCUAUCUCUGCUAGGCAAGUGUCCAGUCCGGUCUUACCAUCCUGCCUCCCAGACCUUUGUUGAUCUGGUGAACGAUCCCUCGGCUUCCGAUCCCAACGAACAGCGCUUGCGCCUCCGGGGAGGCUCGCGACGUCUCUGGACACCUGGGGAGCUUGAGGAGCAGGUCCGCCCGUCGGCGGCAAAGAGACAGAAGUCUCAUCAUACGUUUGAACAAGAUAUUCGGGACGUCUACAAAUACGAGGAUGUUGUUUUCUGGCCUCCCGACCAGAAUCCAUCAGAGCCCGACCCCGCGUUGGCCGAGCUGUUCAAGGUUCUCAGCCCGCCCGGCCGCUCUGGGAAUAUUGAUGGGACCUUUGACGAACGAAGCCUCCUAUACGCCACGGGGAGCAUGCCCGGAGGUUUGAAGCCCUUGGUGUUUAUUUCCUUCGAUCCAUCUCUCUACUUGGAGGGCACUAGACCGUAUCCUGGGGCCUCGGUCUCAGGAAGCGCGCCCGGUCCGCGCGACGACGCAUCCCAAGCCAACAGCCAAGCCCAGACCUGCGACGACGGGUCAUAUGAGGCGAAAGGAAAGGGCAAAGAGACAGGAGAAGCGACGGAGCCCAAUACGACCUGUGGUCUGGGCGGAAGUGCUGCAUUAGGCACAACCAUACUGGACGAGCCAGCCACGGGGGACGAGGUCGCCCAAUGGAGAGCAUUCGAACGACCAAUGCAUGCAGAUAUCUCAGUCGGGUACCACUUCGCUCUUUAG